AAAAGAAGAGUCAGAUCUUUUACAGGACUGUCCUACAGGCCACUGCAGGCGAGAGUUAAAGAUGGCUGGUGGCUAGAUAUACUAGUAAUAUACCAUAGAUGUGGUGAUUUUCUGUUAAUAAAGGUUGAAUUUCUGUUAAUAGAGGUUGAUUUUCUGAUUGUUUUGGGAUGAAUUAUGCAUAAAAACAUAGCAUUAAAUGAUAUAUAAGAAAAGUUGGAAGGUAAUAAAUUUAAUUUUUGAAUGAUUUACAUGAUUAAUGCAUUCUGUUACAGACAAGUGUUGAUGUGGUAAAUAAGUAAGUUUGUGUCAUUAUCUAUAAUAGUUUUGUGUCAUUAUUUAACGAGCUUUUGACUAAUGUUUACCUAUACCUAUACUCCAUGUCACAUAACUCCACACAAAAAGCAAAACAAACAAAUAAUAAUAAUAAUAAACACACAACGCAAAUAAAAACAAAAAAAUAGAGCAAGAGACAAAUGUACACCCCCUGACGAAGGCCCCGCCCCCUCACCCCCAGGGCGUGGCCGCGGACGCCCCCCGCCCGUGCCUGCCGUGCGACUGCUCCGGCCCGGGCACGUCGGGGCGCUGCGUGCAGGACGACACCCAGUUCAACCUCGGCCUCUUCCCCGGCGCCUGCAUCUGCAAGGAGGGCUUCGCGGGACCUCGCUGCGACCGCUGUGCCAAGGGCUAUCGACGCUACCCUGCCUGCGAACCCUGCCCGUGCGACAGGGCGGGCUCUGUCAACGAGGAAUGUGACGGCGAGUGCAUUUGCAAGGCGAACGUGCGAGGCCCGCGCUGCGACACCUGCGCCCCCGGGCACUUCCACCUGGACGCCCACAACCCCGUCGGCUGCACGCCCUGCUACUGCAACGGCGCCACCAACUCGUGCGGGGCGGCGGCUCUGGCGGUCUACACGGUGGUGCAGCACGAGAACUGGAGCGUGACGGACCUCUCGCGGAAGCGCGUGGUGGCGGCGGCGCGCGAGGGAACCGACGUCCACAUCGCUCACGACGACAUGGGCUUCUUCGAGGCCUACUACUACCUCGCCCCUCAGGAGUACCUGGGCAGGAGAAUGACCUCCUACGGGCAGACGCUGACGGUGAAGGUGUCUUGGGUCCGCCUCAGAGGAGACACCUCCGGAAGGGCCACGCGCUGCCCUGACGUCAUCAUCGAGGGCGCCGGAUACCGCAUAGCCUACGGGGACAACGCGCACAGAGGCCGGAAAGCCACGCUGGAAAUCCCCUUCUACGAGCACGACUGGUUCCACUUCCCGAAGGACAUCACUGACAUCACCUCGACGACCCAGUCGGAGUCCUACCGCGGGGAGGCCGUCACCAGGAGGCAGAUGAUGGAGAUCCUGAGUUCGAUGGAGAGCCUCAUGAUCCGAGCUCGAUACCACACCGUGCAGGUCGAGGGCGUCCUUCAUGACGUCAUCCUGGAGUACGGCGCGGAGGGCACGGCGACCCUCGUCACGGGCGCCGUCGAGAGGUGCAGCUGCCCCCCGGGGUACUCCGGCCUCUCCUGCGAGUCGUGCGAGCCGGGCUUCCGGCGCGUCAGCAACACCAUCUUCGGCGGCGAGUGCAGGAAGUGCGAGUGCAACGGACACGUGGACACGUGCGACCCCUUCACGGGCGCCUGCGGGGAGUGCCAACACAACACCGUGGGCGUGCACUGCGAGCGCUGCCAGGCCGGCUACUUCGGCGACCCCGCCCGUGGCACCCCCGACGCCUGCCAGCCGUGCGCGUGCCCCCUGACCCUCGGUGCCAACCACUUCACCCCCCGCUGCGUGCCCGACCUGGACCUCGGCGGGUACAAGUGCCAGUGCCCCGCCGGUUACGAGGGCCCCAGAUGCGAGACCUGCGCCGACGGGUACUUUGGCAACCCGCUGGUGCCCGGCAACUUCUGCCAGCCGUGCGAGUGCAAUGGCAACCUGGAUUUCCGCGAGACGAACAACUGUGACCGGCAGACGGGCGAGUGCCUCAAGUGCGUCGGCAACACGGCGGGCUGGCACUGCGAGAGGUGCAAGGAGAACCACUACGGAGAUCCCAAGAGGGGCCAGUGUAUCAGGUGCGGGUGCCACCGCGAGGGCUCUGCGGCGGCGCAGUGCGACCCCGAGAGCGGGCAGUGCCAGUGCAAGAGGCUCUACACGGGGCGCCAGUGUGACCGCUGCAUCAGCGGCCACGGGGGGGUGAACGAGGGCUGCCCCGCGUGCCAGUGCCACCCCGAAGGCUCCUCGAGUGCCACGUGCGAUCCUUUCACGGGCCAGUGUCCUUGCAACCCAGGUGUGACCGGCCGGCGCUGCAACGAGUGCCUUCCGGAUCAUUACGGGACGCUGGCUGGAGGCUGUGCGAGUGAGUACAGCAAUUUCCGUUUUUAA